UGUGAAUGUAGACAUUUCUGUUUUUAGAUUUAUCCCGUUUUUUAAAGUAAUUUCUGAAGUAAUAUUCAUAUACUCUCUCAGCUGAAAAGGUGUCAUGGUGAAUACUCGGCGCAUGGAGUCAAUUGGCUCAUCUGCAGAUAUUGGUACCAGACACCGCACCAGGGGUACCGCAAAGGAAGAAGUAAGCGUAACGGAAGAAUCCUCGAGCAUUGGUGAAAGCGAUAGUGAAGAUCCAAACAUAGAUGAAGACGAACCGUCUGACAUAAAUGAUGUUAAGCCUAAAGUAUCUAAUAUAAAGAAGAAACCCACUAUUAGUCUACCCGCAUCUAGAAUCAAGACUUUUAGAGACAGAAAAUACUCUCGUCCUACAAGAUCCACGCGUCGUCUUAUAUCGCGCGGCCUGUUCUCGCGAAAAAUGGAUUCCGAAUCGGAAUUGGACGAGAACGACUUCGAUGAGGACGUGUACUCGCGCAGGAGUCGCAACAAGCGGCACAGCAAGUCGCACAUGGCCCGCAUCGAGCGACGCACCGCGCUCUCGCUCAGGCCGAUCAGCCAGAAGUGCUACAACGAUGAAACGCACUCCCCUCUCCACUUCAAUUCCGAUAGUGAAGAUGUAACACCCGGUAGGAGAGGCGUACGAAGAAGCAAAAGAAAAACCGUCCACUGUCGUAGCGCAUCGUGGUUGGCGGACGAUCAGAUAAACAAAGUCGGCUAUCCUACUUUGAACGCAGAAUAUUCCGAAGAGGACAGCCGCGACGCGCCCGAAGAGCAAUGGCAAUCGAACAAACGCAUCACGCGGCACUCGAACGGCAAUCGCGGCCGCGAAAUCAAGAACCCCAAGUACCUGUACGACUACCAGACCAAUCAGGGCUCGCCGCGCAGACGCAGAGUCGCCUCGGGCAACCGCGAGCUGGGAAGUAGGCGGGAAUCGAACGACAAGGAGAAUAAAGAAGGGAAUUUGGUGAACGGCCGUUCGUGCAUAAAGAAUGGCAAGGAGGAGGCGAAGGAGGAAGAAGGGGAGGACUUGGAGGUGGAUUCCGAGGAGCAAUCGAAUGAAGCAAAGAAUUUGAAUGAGCAGGAAGAUGCUAUUGCACCAAAGGAGGAGAAAAAUAAUGUUCAAAAGGAGAAUAAGCUCGAGUCUGAGUCUGAGGAUGAUAAUAUGCCGUUAAGAAGGCGAACUAGAAAUAGGAACAACAAUAUGAUUCCCAAUCAGGAAUUUUCCCCUAGAAUUACUAGAAAGAAGAAAAUCGUUGAGAGUUCGAGUGAGUCCGAGGAAGAAGGUCCUAAAUACUCUCUAAGAGAAAGAGCACCAAAACCUAUCCCCAAACAAAUUCAAUUGGCUCUAAGAGCCAGGACAAGGCGGCGGUUUAACCGAAGAAGAGCGGUUUCAGGAGGAAGUUCCAGUUCAUCUCCUUCAUCAUCUGAAGUUCGACAUAACAAGCCAAAGCCGCCCAAAAGUCCACACUCUAAAAACGAACGCAUGAAAUCGGGCGUUGGCAACAACAAUAUAGCUCCGUUGGGUCCGGAAGUGUUAGAUGCCAGCGUUAGAUUUAACAGCGUUGGCGGCCUGGACAGCCACGUUCAGUGCCUGAAAGAAAUGAUUUUGCUGCCGAUGAUGUAUCCGGAAGUUUUCAAGCAGUUUCAGAUUCAACCUCCAAGGGGGGUUCUUUUUCAUGGACCACCAGGUAUAAAAACCUUGCUUACUCAUUUUAACACAAUCCCUUCAAUGUUUUCUCUCUCUAAAGGUACGGGUAAAACCUUGAUAGCAAGGGCACUAGCGAACGAAUGCAGUUUCGGUUCGAAAAAGGUGUCGUUCUUCUUGAGAAAAGGUGCAGAUUUGCUAAGCAAAUGGGUUGGCGAAUCAGAAAAACAAUUGAGAUUACUAUUCUCACAGGCUAGUGAAAUGAAACCCUCCAUCAUAUUUUUCGACGAGCUGGACGGGUUGGCACCCGUGCGAUCGGCCAAGCAAGAUCAGCACCACGCCAGCAUAGUGUCCACGCUUCUGGCACUGAUGGACGGCUUGGAUAGCAGAGGAGAGAUCAUAGUCAUAGGCGCGACCAAUCGGAUAGACGCCAUAGAUCCGGCGCUGCGCAGGCCCGGCAGAUUCGACCGCGAGCUCUUCUUCCCCCUCCCUUCGAGAAACGAAAGGGAGGAGAUUCUCAACGUGAACGUGGCCAAGUGGACCUGCCAGCCCAGCAAACCGCUGAUCUCCUAUUUGGCGGAGAGCUCGGUGGGCUACUGCGGUUCGGACCUGCGCGCUCUGUGCUCCGAGGCGGUGAUACAGAGCUUUCGCAGGACCUAUCCGCAAGUUUACUCGUCGGAUCACAGGUUGCUGCUGAAUCCCGAAAACGUUCGCGUGGAAAAGGUAGAUUUUCUCAGGGCCAAGUCCGUGUUGGUUCCGGCUUCGCAUAGGCAGGCUCAAGGUUUGGGCAAAAAGUUGCUUCCGAAUUUGGAGCCCUUGUUAAAGGUGCCCCUUAAAAGCGCGUUUGAUAGCCUGAAGGAGACUUUUCCGCACGGGGCAAACUCAGCUUUGGCAAAGGUGAAAAUAUCUCCAAACGUGCGUCCAGCUCAAUUACUUAUCACCGGAAACGGUUCUGAGCAUGGUCAAACAUGUUAUCUAGCUCCUGCUUUAAUAUACCAAAUGGAACAUAUACAUACUUAUUUGUUGGAUCUGGCUACUUUAUACCAAGAAACAGGCAGAUCUGCAGAAGAAGCUUGCAUACAGAUUUUUAACGAAGCCCGAAGAAACGUGCCGAGCAUCGUAUACAUCCCAAGCAUAAACCGAUGGUGGGAGCUGGUGUCUGAAACGGUCAGAGCCAUAUUAAUAAUGCAAUUGUCGAAACUCGAGCCGAACAUUCCCAUACUAUUUUUAGCGACCUCCGAAGAAAUUUACGGCGAUUUACCUGAAGAAGUACAAAACAUAUUUUCCGUGUACCGUAAAGAGGUCCACCGGGUGGAAGUGCCGUCGGCGGAGUCCCGGUCGGCAUUCUUCAAACCGCUGAUCAUCGAUAGCGUUUUAAGGCCGCCCAGGGUUUUCCGAGAGCGCCCCAAAAGUCCGCCGCCGUUGCCGAGGGCGCCCACCCCCCCGCCGACGCCUCUUACGGAGCUACAGUCUCAAAAGUUGUACGAAACGGAAGAGCACACGCUGAGGGAGCUCAGGAUAUUCCUGAGAGAUAUUUGCAGGAAAUUGGCCAACAACAAGUUGUUUUACAUGUUUACCAAGCCUGUGGAUACCGAGGAGGUGCCGGAUUAUACCACGAUUAUCAAGCAGCCGAUGGAUUUGGAGACCAUGAUGACCAAGGUAGACUUCCAUAGGUACGAGUGUGCCAAAGACUUUUUGAAUGACAUCGAAUUAAUUUGUCAGAAUGCUCUGGAGUAUAACCCUGCAAGGUCGUCAGCAGAUAAACAAAUUCGCCACCGUGCUUGUUCGUUAAGAGACUACGCUUAUACUUUAAUAAAAAGUGAGAUGGAUACGGAUUUCGAGGAUAAAUGUCAGGGUAUAGCGACAACGCGUAAAUUUAGAAAAGUGUGCACCACCAAAUUUCUGCCUCCUUACAUAAAAACGCCAGAAAAUCAAACAUUAACUGAAAAGGAGAAAGAAAGCGCCAAGAAAAAUAACGAAGAAAAUGGAGAUAAAUCCAAUGAAGUUCUUACUCCUGCACAGAGAGCGCAUAGUCCGAAUAGAAAACGUCGCUUCAAGUGGCAAAAAGGAUUUAUACAGAAGCCCAAGCGUGCCAAAAUGACGCCAGAAGUUAAUGAAAAAACAUCAACUGGAGACGAAUCUAAAGAGGUCGAGGAAAGUGAUAAGCCUGUCGCCAGUUUAAAGGGAUCCAGCAGCCAAGUAGAAAACGGUUCUGCCACCUCGGACACCACCACAUCUAGCACCACAGCGCCGCUUACCAUUAACUGUGAUACGCAACCGCUUAAAAUGGACGUUGCCAGUCCAUUACAAUCGCCCAAGAGACGAUUAAGCUUACUUUUAAGUCCAUCCGAGCUUCUAGAUAGUCCGUUAGAUUUUGAUGAUGUUGAUCAAGCGUUGAACGAAUCAGUUGAAGGUGAAUCCAAACCAGGAAAGCCCAUUGAAUGUCCAUUGCCAGAGUUGGAAAAGGUGUUAGACCAAGCUGUAAAAGCAACGUCUCAAUAUUCUCUAAUGGCCCUGUUAGAUUUAUAUAACCAUCUCAAUGGCAUUAUUAAAAAAUACUCUAGAACCCACUUAAGAACUGCACUACCCAAGGAUAUGAUGAAGGAGUUGAUACGUUUCAAAAAGGAAAGGAGUAUGGACAAUCACUGCCCAGUUUAAUUUUAUAUUAUAUUGUUUUUAUUUUAUUAUAAGUAUCAGUAUUUAAAUAGAUAUUUUUUAUUUUAAAGUUUACUUAAGCUGUUGCAGUGCAGCAGUACUUUAGAAUUUAAGUUAUUUAUUUUUAGAUUACCAAAGAUAAUAAUGUCUUCACUGCCACAAAAAGGCUGAUUUUUUUGUAUCGUAUUAAAUUGUUUAAGAGGGUGCUUAAUGUGCUUCAGAAAUCUUAUUUGUCCUUAGUUGUAUAUAACUUAAUUCACUUAAUUUUUU